UUUGGAAAUAUUUUGGGGCAAGAGAAAGAAAGAUGAGCGCUCGACGGGGCCGGAGAAGGAAUGCCGCCACUGCGCCAUCGCCUGCAUCGCCGCUGGCGCCUUCUUCUCCCGUGAAGAAUGUCUCCGAUCUCGCCGCCUUGCGAGCUUGCUUGGAUUCUCGGAUCGAGAGCCUGCGCGCCGAUGCGGACAAGAUCCAGGCGGCUUGUGGCAAGGAGCUGGAAUCGACACGCCAGAAGCUCAGGAAGCGAGUGGAGGCAGAGCAGGAAGAGGCGGCAAAGCGCGCCGAUGCGGCCAAUCGGGCGUGGAAGAUCUUUGCAACGGAGUACGAGGAAGAUCUCCUGGAUAUCGAGAACACGUACAAGGAGCUUGCCGCAAAGUUCCAGCCUACAAAGGCGCCUUGCAGUGAGGUCGUAAAAUCGGCCGAGGACCAGAUCGAAAGCCUUCGUCGCAAGUAUGUGAGAGCUGGAUUAUAGCCUUCGUUUUUCUGAUCGAUGGUCACCAUGAUCGAUUCCUAUUCUUUUCCUUUGCUACAUAAUCUCUCAUCCGCUACUCUACAGGUUUUCUGAAAAUAAAACCUUCACAGAUCGAGCUUCUCUCAUGGUUGGAUUUUCUUCGCAUUUUUUUAACGUUCUUAUUGGCACCCAACAAAAAACUGACAUGUGGCAUUUGGGCGCGCUGACAUGGCACUUUAUUGGUGCUGGAUUGUCUUGCUGUGACCUUUUAAAAAUCUCUGGCCUUGCUUCUAUGGAAGAUGAAUCUCCACGACCUAAUAAUGGAGGCAUUGCCCGAGGAUGCCCUGGCGGAGGAAGAGGAGAGCCACAGCGACGAUGGAGUACCGAUUCUCUUCCAGGGAUGGCGAUCCACUCCGAAUUUCGUGACGAAUUCCUCGUCCAGGCCGCUGAUCAGGUUCGUCGAUGGCGUGGAUCUAGAUUCAGGGAGCCAGGACGCCGCUGCCGCCGCGGCUCCUCCUUAUCUGGCAGACAUCGCUUUGGAUCACGCGUCCUUCUCAGCGAUCGCAGCGGAAUUCGAGCAGAAUUUGCAGGAGGCGGAUCGACACCGCGGUGCCAGGGUUUCUCCGGAUGAUCGUCGAGAAAUUCCCAACCAUUGCUUAUCCGGGGCUGAUCGGGAGGAUAUGAGGCCCAAGAUGGGAUCGUCGGAUAGAUGGGUUGUGAUGAACGUUGGGGGCAUCCGGUGGACAACUACGGUGGAGACUCUAUGCAUGGAUUCCGGAUCCAUGCUCGCUGCCUGGGUGCUCCGGUACCGCAGCGACGAGGAGGAGGAGCUGCGAAUCGAUCGAGAUGGCAGCCGAUUCGCUCAUGUCCUGAAUUACCUCAGGGAGGGGACGCUGUGGCUGGAAGAUUUGCCAUCACUCAGAGGAAUCUACGAAGAGGCAAAGUUCUACCAGCUCAAGGGACUCAAAGCUCUUUGCGAGGAAAGGAUGCUCGAGGUGGAGGCCAAACACGCGGCCGAGUCCAAGAGGCGGAAGGAGGAGAUCGAGGAGGCUCUCAAGGGAGCAUUCUUUCGGUGGGAGAGAGAUCGAGCGUACCACUUUCCCAAAGGAAAGAACGACGUGCUAGCGAUUUUGCGAGGCAGACGACUGGGUAUAAGCGAGCCACCAAGAUUCGACAUGAACGAGGACUUUUAGAAUUUCUUGUGUUCUCUCAUAGAUCCAAUUUCGAUAGGUCGUGAGUGUAAUUUUUCUUAUUGGUGCAUACCUGAAAUAAAUGAUAUUCAACUAGUUAAAUGAACAA